AUGUCUGGACAAUGGGUUCUGGACGACUCCCAGAGUCUGUACUACCUGGACAGUGAGGAUGGUCCAGGAAAAGUCUCUGCCGAGCCAAAGGAGCCUCUUUUGGAGCCGGAAAAUGCACCAUUUCGACAUCCAGACAGCUCUUCACCUGCUGCUCAUGGACAGGGCAUGCCUAUUCGGCAUCAAAAUAAGUCCCCAGGCCGGGGAACUCCAGUCACGGCUUCAGCUAUUACUUCGCCUGCGUUCAAGCGCCCUAGAUUGUCUUCCGAGAGCAACUACUUGGGGCGGCCAUGUAGCUUUAGCCCGGCUCGGGAUUCUUCAGCAGUGGAUCAGGACUCGGACAUUGACAUCAUGAGCGAUGAUGCCUUUUCCGUAGCAACACCUUCGACGGCGACAAAAACAAAGACAACAAGGAGAGCAACUGCAACUAGCGUUUUCGCACCCACAUACCCACCUAUCCUGGAAAUAUCUCGAAACGACCGCUCGUGCAGUCUCGCAAGCUCAAACACCAACAAAAACAACCAUAACCACCGUGCCGGCCGCACACCAGUCAGAGCCCACCGCGAAGAGUCCGACAAGUCCCAGAAAGAGGCGCAGCAGGCCAUCACGCGGACUCUCGCGCGCCUCAACCGAGCCACGCUGUCCGACCACACCUUCACCCACCCGCUGUCCGGCCUGGACCUGGUCAUGGGCUUCAACACCAGCCUGCCCAAGUCGCGGUUCGACACGUACAUCACGGCGCUGAGGCAACUGCUCCAAUGUGCCGCGGAACGAUGUAGUUUGAGCAAUGACUUGCAGCGCGCCAUUACUGCCGAAGGAGUGCUUUGGGUGGUUCGCGAGGCAUGGCCUGCAGCUGAAGGGUACUGGAAUUUGACGGCUACCUUUCAAGGCUUCCUGCACUCGGAACUCUGGCGCAAUUUUCCCUGCCAGCGCUCAUACAAUCAACUCCCGCCCGCAUACCGUCCGACGCGGAUACAGCUCUCGAUACCACAUUCCCCUAUGAUCGAUUGGAUGCCGUGGCCCGACGUUCGAGACAUGGCGAUCAUGCACCAGGACCAGAUCGACGUGGAUGCGCUGUUCCGGAUGGCCAUCCACAACGUCGUCGCGCACCGGAAACGGCUGGGCCGGAGGAAACAGUCCUUCUCCUCGUCUUCUAUCUCGAAAGAACACGACAACGGUUGCGAACCCGGCUCCUCGAAGCAGAAACAAGUAACCGCCACCACCGCCGACGGCGAGGACAACGUGACCGACAGGACCUCCUUCCGCGUAUGGGACCUCGUGUGCCUGGAGAAAGCCAACGGCACUCCCCCGCUCGCGGAGCCGGGUCUGGAGAAGAAGCCCGUGCUGCGCUCGCCGGGCCUGCGCGCCCUCCAGCGCGCCUACGACCUCGAGUACGACGAGUUCGACACGCAGAAGCUGGAUGACUGCUUCUUCGAGGCGUACCCGUGCCUGUACGCUGACACGGCCGCUUCGGCCUGGAAGGUCCGGAGUUUUCCCAACUUGCCGCACGAGGACGUCGGUGGGCCCAUCGCUUUGACCCGUCCCGCGGUGUUCAGGCUGAAAUCGAGGAUCGAGUCCAUGAUUGGUGCCGCGAUUGAGAUCUAG